CGAGACGCUCACAUUGAAUAAUGAGAGGCGCUACAAGUGGUAAAACGUGUAACACAUUAAACUGAAUUAAGGCGCCAAACACUUCGUCAAUUUCUUCGAGUGGGGAAGACCGGCGCGAAACAAAAUACGUAUGAUUUUUCUCCGUAAAUAAACAUCGUACAGACUGACUACAAUCAUAACUGCCAUUGGAAUAUUUUGAAACAAAGAAUAGCUACAAUUGCAGCUCUAUAGAAAAAAAUAGUUUUUUUCUCAAGUUCCAUCGGUUUUACAAUUUCCAAGUUUGAUAAGUAAAAUGUCACAAAGAUCAAGAAAAUCACGUAAAUCUUUUUCUCAACCAAGUACAAGUAGGGCUAAUGAUAAUGAUUAUGCAAUGGAUGAAAGUGAAGCUCAUGGAAGUAGGUCUCAAGCUCCUGGUUCAACCCAGAAAAAUAAAAUGAGCGAUGAAGAAAUUGCCCAUUAUGUUGCAAAUACUGUCAAGUAUAUACUUGCAGCUGAUAGAAACAAAACUCCUAUCAAUAAAUCGCUUAUUCCAAAAGCGGUAGAUUAUCAUGGAAAAGGUUUCAGAACGGUGAUGAGUAGAACUGAAAAAGUUUUGGAAGAUGUAUUCGGUUACAAAGCAGUUGAUGAUAAUGGAAAAAUCAUCUUGGUUAAUAAACUUGAAAAUGAAUUUUUAAAAGUUAGUGAAGAUGUAGGAAACAAAUAUGUACUCCUGUUUUUUUGUCUUGCCCAUAUUUACAUGAGUAAUGAAAAAGUAACAGAGAGCAAUUUAAUAGACUUUCUAAAAAAAUUGAGUAUUCUUGGAGAUGAUGGUAAUAUGAUUAAUGAACAGUUUGGAAAUGUGCUGAAUAUAAUUAAGGAGGAUUUUGUAAAAGAAAGAUACCUUGAAAUGAUCAAACCUAAAGGUAAUGAUAUUGAAAACGAAGAGGUAGAAUUCAUGUGGGGUUCCAGGGCUCUUGUAGAAUUACCAGUAAGAAAAGUCAUGGGAUUCGUUAGCAUGAUUUAUGAGCGAGAUAUGGAAAGUUGGCCACAACAAUUUAAUAAAAUGAAAAUUGUUGAAAAAGAACAAAAAGCAAGAUUGAAUCAACCAUUAAUCAAUGAAAACUAAAGUUGUUGGAAUCAGAAUCAAUUUUCUAAAUUUACAAAAGCGCAAAGACAUUUAGAACUUUGGUCUUUGUUUGAUUAGUUUUAUAGGAUUCACAAGUUAUUGUUCAACUGCCUAAUAAUUAUAUCGUUAAUUUCAUUGUAAUAUUUAGUGACAUAAGAUUUAAAAACGUUAAUGAAAAAACAGUUUAUGAGAUUGCUGUAAUGCUGAGCAUUAGGUUUCAAGUAUAUUUUUAUAUCAAUAGAUUAAAAACGAGUGCAGUGUAAUUAUUUAAUUGCGAACGUGAAUAGUGUAAUUAUUCAUUCAAAAUUCAUUAAAAAUUGAUGAAUAUUACCAAUA